AUGGAAGCGGACGAAAGGUUGUCGCACAACUUUAAGGAGAACUCCAAACUCUUCUGGAAAGAGGUUGGAAGGGCCCGAAGUGGUGCGACGGCCUUAAGAAUGAACAAAGUGCUUUCGAGAACUAAUGACGUCCUCUCAGAAAAAUCGGACGUCAUGCAGCGAUGGAGCGAAUUUUAUAGAGAAAUGUAUGCGUGUGAUGAUCUUAGUGAGGGAUCCGGGGAUGACGCCGUGACUGGUACGCUAGACCCGGACCUCGAUGACACUGAGGUCAUCAGUAUGAAAGAGAUUGAACGUGCGAUUCGAAGUUUGAAAUGUGGUAAGGCUGCGGGACUAGACAGAGUUACUGCUGAAAUGGUCAAGUAUGGUGGGCCUCGCGUCUGGAACAGCUUUCAUCUGCUGUGCAAUUUGUGCUGGCGGACGGGGGAUGUCCCGGAUGAUUGGCAAUCCGCAGUCAUUGUAGUGCCAAUAGUUAAAAAAACGACACUAAAAAAAAACAAUAUUUUUUGCCAAGUACAAUCAUGUAUUGUAGACACAUAA